UCGUUGUCCCCGACAACAAACAUGGUGGCGUCCAUUAAUUUGUUGUGAUCAUGUUAGUUUAGGAGUUUUUACAAGUAAUCUGAAAUUAUUUUAGCAAAUGUUUGUUUAAGGAAUUAACGGGUUAUUUUAACGCGAAUCGGUUGUUUUGAGAGAGACCAACAUGUCUUCGGGAACCAGUUUGGUUGUUGCCAAGAAGAAAUCCACUUUGCCUGUUAGUAGUGCUAUUGAUUCGAACAAUGAGAGUCUGCCACCUUUAGAUUAUUCUUACCUUAAAAUCACUAAUCUAACAGAUAUUUACGAUGAAACACCUAGACCAGCUGUCCUACAAAAAAAAGCAAUCGUACCUGUAAGAGAAGAUGGCAAGUCUGGUAGUCGAUGUUUAAGACUAAAUAACAAUGCAUUAGUGGAUAUUAAACUUCUAUCAGAAAUUUGUACAAAUUUGUUUGAUAAUCCAUCCGUACUUGGUUGGUUAGAUUUAUCAUUUAACGAGUUAGUUGGUAUAGAUCAGAUAGUAUGUGAAUUCGAAGGAUUAGAGAUUUUAUAUCUCCAUGGUAACCAAAUAAAUAAUAUUGGGGAGGUAGAAAAAUUGCAGUCAUUAAAGAAUUUACGUAAAUUAACUCUCCAUGGCAAUCCAGUUGAAAAUGUUAAGGGAUACAGACAUCAUAUCCUGGCGCUGAUGCCAUGGUUACAGAAUUUUGAUUUUAGUGCAGUAACAAAGGCCGACAGAAGGACAGCAGAAAACUGGGAAAAGAUGAAUAAAACACCCAAGAAAAAGAAGAAGGAAAUGUAAAGGGAAAGGAAUAAACUGUGAUAUGUUAAUUCAUUAGAUACCAAAAAAUGUGAAAGACUAUUGAGGCCAUACAAAAAAAUAUUCUGGUUCUCAAAGAAUAUUAAAAUUUUCUAAAGAUAACUGAGCUAAAUGACUUCUCACAGACUCAUAAACAUCACAUUUUAAGGUUCGACAUCUAUCUCGGCAUCAGUUGAUUCAUGCUGUCUACAGGAAUUUUCUUUAUUUAUAAAAUUACUAAUUCUUGUGUUGCACUGAUCUUGUAGUUCUAAUGUGAAUAAUACUCCUUCCAUGCCCAUCAGUCAUUCUUUCUCAUUACUACAUGUAUAGAUGCACACUGACCAGCAGUGAAUAUUCGCUAGGCCGCUACAAUCACUGAUAAGGAUGCCAUCGAUGUGACUUAAUGAGUCCCAAAUAUUAACUUUUUUCUUCCGUCAAAUUAAAUUCUAAAACAUUUUUUUUCAUGUAUUAGAAAAAUAAAGACGUUUGAAGUAUUUGUAGGUAAAAAUCAUUUCCUAUUGUGUAAAUGAGUAUUAAAAUAAGUUAAAUUCACCAUUUAGCCCGAAUAAGUAACGUCUUAUGUAAACAAUGCACGUGCCAUUGAGCCAGUGAUUGACGCCGCGUGAUGUGACGUUACUUGUUUGAAACAGUCAUCUGUUACAGAGAUAUUAGAAUACUUUCGUAAUCCUCUGUGAAACAGAUUGGUAUAGAUGGUUGCCAUUUCCUAAUAACUAUGUGUCAUUUAUGAUUCUCCUGUGUCAUUUAUGAUUCUCAAUAUCAGGGUUGUGUACUUUAUAACUGAGGCUGUGUUACACUUCCGAUUACUUCCUCUUUUAUUGCGGGGAAAUACAAACGUGGUAAUUAAACAGAAGGUGACACAGCAGUAUCCAAGAACCAGCAUAUUUUUUUAUUUUUAUUUGGCCUAACUUAUAAUAUUUGUGUGUAAAAAUAUGUAAUACUGAGAUUGUGUACCUGCUUUAUUAUAACGGUUAGUUAACUUAAUGCAUAAAAUGCAUGUGUCUUUUUGUGAAUGGCUAUAUUGUAUUUAACUAAUACAAUAUUCUAUGGAAAACACUUGAAAUAUAUAAUAUACCAUUGCUAGAAUUUUGUCAUUCAACCUAAUUUUAGAAUUAGGUUUCUAGGGGCAUGUUAAUUAAUUCCUGCCUUUUUAAUAAUACAUGAUAUACAUUUUAUUAUAUUAGGUAUUUUACCCCAAAUGUUAAAUGAAUUUACUGAAGUUAGUAUAUGCUUACAUGUACAUUUAUCACGUAUAUGUGCAAUGUUUGGGCUUUUAAUUUAAUUCAAAAUUUUAAUGAUUGUAAUUGGUUCUUCCUUAAGACGAGCUGGUGCCAAAAUUUUGUUUUAGACAUUUAAAGGCAUGCACACCACAUUGUGGCACAGAUUAUUUGCUAUCACGGAUAAAUAUUCCACCAUAGUGUCAAAAUAUACAGCCCAUAGUCUAUAGUCCCUGACCAUACAUUAGGUAUAUAAUCCUCAUCUGGGUGACAAAAGAUCAUAUGUGCUUUUAAAAUGCAGAUUGUUUAAGCCCUUGAUGGAUUCCAGAGUGUUUAGUUUUGUCUAAACCAAUUAUAGUACGGUAUGCUUAACAAAAAUUCACCAUGCAGCCUAUGAAAAAUUUUCAUGCAUAAUGAUGCCCAUCAUACGAUUGGAGCUGCUGACAAAAUGUCAGUGACCAGAAUUGGUAUGGCAUGCGGCUGCAUGCUGAAAGCUCUGCCAGACUGAUUGGAAAUGACAAAUCAUUCUUAAUAUAACAGAUCAAGUAAGAUUAAAAUCUGAAACUAAUUUCAACAAUUCCUUCCACAAAAAGUAACAUUUUUCCUUUUCAGUACUAAUGUUUUUUAUUCUUUUUAAUUAUUUAAACAAAAAAUCCCAUAAAAACAAUUGUUUAAUGUAAUUGUAAAUACCACGCCAUUAAGUUAUUUUAAUUUUUUAUUUUGACUGUUGAUUAUUUUACCGCGUUAAGUCAUAAAAUGCAUUUUUUAACAUCUUUAUUUUUUGCUUGUAAAUUCCGUGUGUAACAGGGUCAGUCAUAGUUUCAUUCUCUCUAUUUUUUUCAAGUUGUGAAUUAUGGAAUGUGAUCAAGCAAUGAGUCUAUAAUUGAUUAUGGUAAUACUGAGUUAGAUAUUAUUAUUGUAUCAGACCCCAACAUGUAUAAUAUUAUCAAGCAAUGAGUGUGUAAUUGAUUAUAUAAUACUGAGUUUAGAUAUUACAUUUAUUAUCAUAUCAGACCCAACAUGUAUAAUUUUAUCAAGCUAUGAGUGAUUAAUUGAUUAUGAUAAUAUUGGGUUAGGAGUCUGUAAUUGAUUAUGGUAAUACUGAGUUCGAUACUAUUAACCUAUCAAGCCCCAGAAUGUAUAAUUAUUUAUGUAGAAAUAUUUUUGUUAUAAUAGAAUUGUUAAUGUCAUGUUAGAUGAAAAGAAACCGACCAGCAUUGUUUUAUGUUUGAUAAAAUAAUAUAGAAACAAAAUA